AGCUUCACCAAGAGGGAAAUCAUUAGCCAGAAUGGCACGGCACGAUCGAUCUCUCUUAAAUGCGCAUGUCGAACAGGUUUAAAUCGGCAUCAAGCAUCGGUCCAGCACUCUCCACAUUAUUCCGCUUACCACAUUUCCAUCUAUAAAAGCCCUUCCAACCUCUGGCACUCCCUUCUCAGUUACAAGGCGUUCAGAGGCAGCCGCCAAACACACACAGACAUACAUGGGAUCCUUGGGCCCUGCCGUGAGCGUGAGCAUGGCCAAGGCCAGCGGCGGCACGGCGGCCGUCGGCGGCCAGCAGCAGCAGCAGCCGGAGCGCGGCGCGUUCAGCUGCGGCUUCCGGAUGCCGCUGCACUACCCGCGGUACAGGAAGGCGGACUACGAGGCGAUGCCGGAGUGGCGCGUCGACUGCCUGCUCCGGGAGUACGGCCUCCCCGUCGCCGGCGACGUCGAGGACAAGAGGAGGUUCGCCAUGGGCGCCUUCCUCUGGCCCGGCCAGUACUGAUCCACCAUCUUACAUCUCGCCACUCGGAGCAGAUCAGGCCGGUCAGCAAGCCAGCGCCUGGCAGAGGCUGAUCAGCAAUGGCAGAAGCAACAUCACGUACAUCCAUCCCCAUGUAUGAACAAAAGAGAGCUUGUGACGAUAUUAUAUUCUUAUAUCUAUCAUUCUAAUAGUAAUCUCCAAUUCUCUCCGUAGAGAAUACAUAUGAUGUUUCUUGGAGUAUAUGUAAGCAGUGGAAGAAGGACUUGUUUCUGAUA